UUUUUCUUUCCUCGCUGAGAACUCACCCAGCGAGCUGGCCGCCGGCAACGGCUGCCGGGAGACGCCGCCGACCUCCCAGGCGCGGCCCGAGAGGCGCCGCGGCGGCAUCUGACUACCACAGUGGCCACGCUGGGGCCGAUGUUGGCUAAGGACACCAACGGCGCUCAAGCAAGGAGCGCUCCACGCUCGCGCUACAGUGCGGUCACCGCCACGCCGUCGCGGCGCGCAGCCUGCCGCGGAUCUCGCGGGGGGCCGGGGCUCCUGAAGAAAGAGCGGGCCCUCCAGAGGCCAAGAGAGAGCCCCACGAGUGCCUGGAUUCUGCGGCUGUCCGUCUGCUCGUCCUGCUCCUGACCCACCUGUCUGGCCCCGUGUUCUCGGGUCAGCCCAGCCCCCAGGGCCUUGUCAAAUAAGUUUUGGGGGACUCAAUCAACGAGUCACCCAAGCGUGCCGCGGGCGCGUGGCGCCGCUGCUUGAAACGGCAACGGGCUCCCGACACUAGAGGGAACCUUGACCUUCCAAAGCGGCCAAACAUGGCAGGCAUGUGCCGGGGAAGUGGCAGGCGAGGGCGAGCCAUCCCAAGGGGAAUUGGAAGGAACACGCGUCACGCCUCGCCGCACCAGAGGGAGGGAAGCUCCCGGAGCGGGGAGCGGGAAGGAGGCUGGGGAAAGGCGCAAGGUCGGCCAACAUGGAAAUGUAGAGGUGCAGUGGCCCACAACCGCAAAGGCAGCUGGCCCGAAGCCAACAAAAAAGAUGCCCGUCCUCUAGAAAAGACAUGGGGCAUAAACUGCGGUCGCGAGAUCUUGGGGGCGAAGCAGCCAGGACCACUGUGGUUGCUGCAGAACCUCCACCCCGACCACCACUCCAACCCGCCAACUGUACCUCCAGUACAUGUGCGUGCAAGCGGCGCUGGCGAUGCGCCGCUGGAGCAGAUUGUCGCCCAACGUCUCGGCACAGCCAGCCACAUCGAGGGCAGCGACGGCGUCGACCCGAGCUUGCAGCAACUACAGGGCAG